AUGAUGUAUCUGUAUAAACCUAAACAGAAUCUGGAAAUACAUUAAUAUUUUUAGUUCCAUUAUUUAAUCAAUUCUCAAAAUAGAAAUAAUUAGAUAAUCAACUAUUUGGUUUGGUAUUGUCAUCUGCAAGACAAUUGGAAUAAUAAAUUUUAAGAUGUAGAAAAGAAAUUCUAAAUUGUAAAUCAAGUCAAGAUUGCCUAUGCUAUAGUUGGAACUUAUAAUAAAAAUGAUAUUAACUAUUUAAAUGAAAAAGGAUAUAAUAUACUCAUAGCUAAAAUUAAUAAGUUAAGAUAAUUGUUAGAUAUGUCUGAUUUGUAAAUUGAUUUCAAAAUUUUGGAAUAUUUAUAUUUGAUUUAGUAGAUAGACAAUGAAUACUAAAUUAAUAUUAGGAUAUAUACUAUUUAAGUUACUAAAAUAGAGAAGAUCUAGCUUAUUUUAUAAUAAUGA